GGUUUUGUAAUAAAUUUAACAUAUUCUCGCACUCGAAUCAAUGUGGAAGCGUAUAACCUGUAAAUAAUAUAUGUAAAUAAUAUUAUAACCAGAGGCUUCCGAGGCAGUAUAAAAACAUAUUGGGUCCGAAGCGUUUCUAUCUUUGCUUUCUUUUAUCUUCUGAUUUGCGGUAAACGCGCGGUAAACCCACAUUUCGCUCGCGUAUCAAAAAUAUCAAUUUGUCAUGUGUGAUUUUAAAAAAGUGCCACUAAUUGUUACAAAAUGAUAGAGACAUCCCAUAUUGUAAGCUUAGCUGCCGUUUUAGGAUCAUUCUUAAUAGGAUUCAAGUAUGGCAAGAAGCUCACGAGGCCAGGAUCAAAUGCCGACAAAUCCUCGGUACAGGAAAGCCGCAAGUCAAACCUGCAGGAAAAUAUAUUUUCCGACUUUGGAGGCGAGUACAAGAUGAUUCUGGUCGUGCGGAACGAUCUGAAAAUGGGUAAAGGAAAGAUUGCAGCUCAGUGUGGCCACGCUGCUGUUGGCGCUUUUGAGGGUGCGCUCAAGAAAUCUCCUGGGGUACUCCGCAAAUGGCAGCAAAGCGGUCAGGCCAAGAUUGCCGUAAAAGUCGAAACCGAGCAGCAGAUGAUGGAAAUCUAUCGCUCGGCAAAGGCUAAUAAUUUGAACUGCUGCCUUAUUCGAGAUGCUGGCCGAACACAGAUCGAACCGAACAGUAAGACCGUCCUUGCGAUUGGACCGGCACCGAAUCAGAUUCUCGAUACCGUAACCGGUCACUUGAAGCUGUUGUAAUCGAGUUUUAUCCAGAGAUUGUGUAUUCUAAACUCGGUUUCGGGAAGCUGGUGAAAUGAGAUGUAACUUAAUAUAUCUUCAUGUACAAGUCUGA